CGCCCCGCCUCCCGGAGACCCGCAGAGCGCCCACCCCGCGGCGCCGCCUGGCAGCUCCUCCUCGUCUCCGCCCCGCGGUCUGCGGGCGCGGGGGACGUCAGCGCUGCCAGCGUGGAAACGGCGGCCGGGCGCGGGAGGCGGAAGUAGUGCCCGGGGCCGCCGGACCUCCCUCGGGCCGCGCCGGCCGCCUCAGCCAUGGACGCGUCUCUGGAGAAGAUAGCAGACCCUACACUAGCUGAAAUGGGAAAAAACUUGAAGGAGGCCAUGAAGAUGCUAGAGGACAGUCAGAGAAGAACAGAGGAGGAAAAUGGAAAGAAGCUCAUGUCAGGGGAUAUUCCAGGGCCACUCCAAGGCAGUGGACAAGAUAUGGUGAGCAUCCUCCAGUUAGUUCAGAAUCUGAUGCACGGAGAUGAAGAUGAGGAGCCCCAGAGUACCCGAAUCCAGAAUAUUGGAGAACAAGGUCAUAUAGCUUUGUUGGGGCAUAGUCUGGGAGCUUAUAUUUCAACUCUGGACAAAGAGAAGCUGAGAAAACUUACAACUCGGAUCCUUUCAGACACUACCUUAUGGCUUUGCAGAAUUUUCAGGUAUGAAAAUGGCUGCGCUUAUUUCCACGAAGAAGAAAGAGAAGGACUUGCAAAGAUCUGUAGGCUUGCCAUUCAUUCCCGUUAUGAAGACUUCGUAGUGGAUGGGUUCAAUGUGUUAUAUAACAAGAAGCCUGUUAUAUAUCUUAGUGCUGCUGCCAGGCCUGGCCUGGGCCAGUACCUCUGUAAUCAGCUCGGCUUGCCCUUCCCCUGCUUGUGCCGUGUGCCCUGUAACACUAUGUUUGGAUCCCAGCAUCAGAUGGAUGUUGCCUUCCUGGAGAAACUGAUUAAAGAAGAUAUUGAACGAGGAAAAUUGCCCCUUUUGCUUGUUGCAAACGCUGGAACUGCAGCCGUAGGGCACACAGAUAAGAUCGGCCGUUUGAAAGAACUCUGUGAGCAGUAUGGCAUAUGGCUUCAUGUGGAGGGUGUGAAUCUGGCAACAUUGGCUCUAGGUUAUGUCUCCUCGUCAGUGCUGGCUGCGACCAAAUGCGAUAGCAUGACGUUGACCCCAGGCACGUGGCUGGGUCUGCCAGCUGUUCCCGCAGCUACCCUUUAUAAACACGACGACCCCGCCUUGACUUUAGUUGCUGGUCUUACAUCAAAUAAGCCAGCAGACAAACUCCGUGCCCUGCCCCUGUGGUUGUCUUUGCAAUACUUGGGACUCGAUGGCAUUGUGGAGAGGAUCAAGCACGCCUGUCAACUGAGUCAGCGAUUGCAAGAAAGUUUGAAGAAAGUCAACCACAUCAAAAUCUUGGUGGAGGAUGAGCUCAGCUCUCCAGUAGUGGUGUUCAGGUUCUUCCAGGAACUGCCAGGCUCAGAUCCAGUGCUUAAAGCUGUCCCAGGGCCCAACAUGGCACCUUCAGCAGUCGGCCGGGAGAGACACUCCUGUGAUGCACUGAAUCGCUGGCUGGGAGAGCAGCUGAAGCAGCUGGUGCCCGCCAGCGGCCUCACUGUCAUGGACCUGGAGACGGAAGGCUCGUGCGUGCGGUUCAGCCCUCUGACAACGGCGGCAGCUUUAGGAACUCGGGCAGAGGAUGUGGACCAGCUCGUAGCCUGCGUACAGAGCAAGCUGCCGGUGCUGACCUGCACGCUGCAGCUGCGAGAGGAGUUCAAGCAGGAGGUGACGGGGAUGGCGGGCCUCCUCUACGUCGAUGACCCUAACUGGCCUGGAAUCGGAGUCGUCAGGUACGAACAUGCAAGUGAUGAUAAGAGCAGUUUGAAAUUAGAUCCAGAAGGGGAAAAAAUCCAUGCUGGACUCCUGAAAAAGUUAAAUGAACUGGAAUCUGACCUCACGUUUAAAAUGGGCCCCGAGUAUAAAAGCAUGAAGAGCUGCAUUUACAUCGGCAUGGCGAGCGAGGACAUAGACGUCUCUGAACUAGUGGAGACCAUUGCAGUCACUGCCCGGGAAAUUGAGGAAAACUCAAGGCUUCUGGAAAACAUGACAGAAGUGGUUCGGAAAGGAAUUCAGGAAGCUCAGGUUCAGCUGCAGAAGGCCAAUGAGGAGCGGCUUCUGGAAGAGGGGGUGUUGCGGCAGAUCCCUGUAGUAGGGUCCGUGCUGAAUUGGUUUUCUCCAGUACAAGCUUCACAGAAGGGAAGAAGUUUUAACUUAACAGCAGGCUCUCUGGAGUCCACGGAACACACAUAUGUCUACAAAGUGCAAGGGACAGGAGUAACACCGCCUCAGACCCCCUCAGGCACUCGCACCAAACAGAGACUUCCAGGCCAGAAGCCUUUUAAAAGGUCCCUCCGUGGGUCAGAUGCCCUGAGUGAGACAAGCUCCGUGAGUCAUACCGAAGACUUAGAAAAGAUGGAGCACCUGUCUGCUGGGCCCGAGCAGGACGCCCCGGAGGCUAACAGUCCUGAGCGACCCCCAGGGGCUCCCACCCCUCAGGAAGCCGAGCAGGCUGGGGCCCUCCAGAAUGGGGCCCAGCGCCCCGAAGACGACCGCCCACAGGUAGAAGAACCCGAGAGCCUAAGAUAAAAGUGUUUGCUUUGAGACUGUUCAGAAAGUUGUUUCAGGGAAGAUGAAGUUAUACUGAAAAUGUGAACUGUGCCACAUGCUAAUACAAGAGGAAUUACUGUUAUUUGUGCUUUACUGGGAUUUUUGCACAAAUAUGUACCUGAAAGCCAGGCUUUCUCUGAGGGCAAUUGACUUGUCUCAUUUUAUGGGUGUGUAGAACAACCAACAACUAUUGUUUCUGUCUACGCCACUGUAGUAAUACCAUUUUCCCCCAAGUUACCAGAAACACUUUUUAUUCACAAAGAACACUUAGAAUUUCAGGUGCCUGCCACUUGAAACACUUCCUCUUAUCUUUCGAAACAUAAGCGUGAGAAGUUCCUAGGUCGCACAUGGAGCUUUGGUAAGAAGCUUCUCCAGAACUCCGCGGGCCUCUGCCCUGCCCUGCCCUGCCGAGGGGACACGGCAUUCUUGGCCGUGCGUUUAGUUGGCGUUAGUUCAAUCAGGUCGCAGUCUGCGGCUGCACUGUGUUUGGCUUGAAGGAGAACGGGCUUCGCUGGGACUGUAAAUAAGAGUGUCAGAAGCCCUCUGUGGCCAUCCCAGCUGCUGUCCCUGGAGACUAAGUAAGGACUGUGUCCAUUCCGGCUGUGGCAGGGUCAGCGAGCAAGUGAGAGCGGCAGUGCCUCUGUCCGUGACCUUCCUCUGCCACAAAUCCCUCUCCCUUUAUAUGCUCUGUAGACGAGUUAAAGACGCGCCUGUAAAGAGUCACUGUCAGGGCUCUUCUUGACCAUAUAUAUAUAUGUAUAUUUUUAAAUACUGGUAAAGCUUUUAAAUUGGCACACAAGUACAGACCGUGCUCAUUUCUAUGUUUAAUAUCUGAAAACCCGAUCGAUGCUACUCUUAAGAGCCUCCUAUUAAAUAUGGUGUGGAGCACCUCGUUGAGUUUAAAUUCUACACUAAGAAUACUUUUGACCUGUUCCACACGGGAGCUCCUGUAGCUUGUUCCACUAGCAGCUCAGCCCUUUGGGUCCAACUCAGAAACAAGAACCAGAAAAGCAACCUUUGUCAGGCUGAUCAGGCCAGACUCCUGCUGAAAUAACUGGAAGGAAGCUCUUAAUUACUGCCUGUUUCUACCUUUCCAGAAGCCCUCAUCACUUCACUGACCACAGGGAAUGGCCCCGGUGCCUUUUAGUCCAGCAAAGUCAAGCUCCUGGAGACCCUAAGAUGGCAGGAAUCACGUGGGGUUUGUGGGCCGUAGGACUGAAGCCUUAGUUUAUACCACAUGAAGCCUAUAAUGACACUCUGAUUUGGUGGGAUUUCUGACAUCUGGCAUUGUCAAAAUGCGCUUUUCCUUUUUCUUUUUGGGGGCGGGGUGCAGAUGAUUAAACACAGUCUUCCCUGUUUAUUUGGUGCAAUGAAGUAUAGCAGAUAACAUGGGGGAAGGGAGAUUAUCACCUUUAACAAGAUUAAUUUUUAACUGUUUUUAUAUAUAUUUGGAAUUGUUAAUUGGUUUUGCUGAAACAGAAUUUCACCCUUGAGAUACUAUUUGAAUGUUGGUUUCAAUAAAGGUCCUUGAAAUUGUU